AUUUAUAGUAACAACGACAAUUAUAACAAUAUCAAAAGUUAAACACUGUAUAAUAAAAUUAAUAAACAAGCAUAUUAUCCAUUAAGGGAUUGCCUUCCGAAACAACUCCAUAUAUUAUUAUCCAAUGGAUAGUAAGUAGCUUAGAAUUUUUCAUAAAUUGCAAGCAGGUCCCCAAAUUCAUCCGUUGGAGUUGCUAUAAGGAAAGUAAAAUUUAGGUAAAAAAACCCAAUCCUAAGUAGUGUACACUUCCUUCCUUAAAAGACAAACUAAAAUAAAAAAUCCUAAGUAGUGUACACUUCCUAAAAAGAUAAAAUUAAAAUAAAAAAUCCUAAGUAGUCUACACCUCUGGAGUCUGGACCUCCCUAUAAGUAGUGUACACUCCAAAUUUAUUUUGCAAAUCAAACAACUUUAUAAUAAACUGCUUCAAACAAAUACCCUAACCGUUUUUUCUUUCCUUAUUUCCAUCAUCCGACGUUAAUUCCUUCAAAUCUCCAUCCUUUCUAUCAUAUUAUUGUAGAUCCAAAAUUUAUACACACGCAACUGAAAAAUUUAUACUCUUUCUAAAGAGCAAUAUCACCAAAAAAAAAAAUUAUAAAAAAAAAUGGAAGAUAAAAGGAAAAAUAAAUUGCCAGCGAUAGGAAUCGAUCUCGGGACAACAUACUCUUGUGUUGGAGUAUGGCAGCACGGCCGUGUUGAAAUCAUAAUCAAUGAUCAAGGAAACAGAACGACACCGUCUUGUGUUGCUUUCAAUCAAACUCAACGUCUUGUUGGCGAGGCUGCUAAAAAUCAGGCUACUGCUAAUCCAAUUAAUACUAUUUUUGAUGCAAAGAGGCUUAUUGGCAGAAGAUUCACUGAUGAAGUAGUGCAGAAUGACAUAAAACUCUGGCCUUUUAAGGUUAUUUCCGUGGCUGAAGACAGCAAGCCUGUUAUCGUAGUCACUUAUAAAGGCAAAGAAAAGCAGUUUGCUGCAGAGGAGAUCUCUUCAAUGAUCUUAAUGAAGAUGAAACAGACUGCAGAGACCUACCUUGCCUCGGAAGUGAAAAAUGUUGUUGUCACUGUCCCUGCUUAUUUCAAUGAUUCCCAACGUCAGGCAACAAAAGAUGCCGGUACCAUUGCUGGACUCAAUGUCAUGCGGAUUAUCAAUGAACCAACGGCUGCUGCCAUUGCCUAUGGUCUUGAUAAAAUCGGCAAUGAUAGGAAAGAGACGGCUAAGAACGUGUUAGUUUUUGAUCUUGGUGGUGGGACAUUUGAUGUAUCUUUGGUUAGAAUUGGUAAACAGGCUUGUGAAGUGAAAGCAGUUAACGGAGACACCCAUCUAGGUGGUCAGGAUUUUGACAGUAGAAUGGUUGAUUACUUUGUGGCUGAGUUUAAGAGGAAACAUAACAAGGACAUCAGUAAAGACCGCAGGGCUAUUGGGAGGUUGCGAUCUGCUUGUGAGAGAGCUAAAAGGAUGCUGUCAUCAGCUACCGAAACUAGUGUUGAUGUAGAUUGUUUGUAUGAGGGUAUUGAUUUGUAUUCAACCAUCUCCCGUGCCAAGUUCGAAAAGUUGAACUUGGAUUUGUUUAAAAAUUGUGUGAAUCCUGUUAAGGAAUGUUUGGAAGAUGCCAAAAUGAAAAAGGCUAAUGUUGAUGAUGUUGUUCUAGUUGGUGGGUCAACUAGGAUUCCAAAAGUUCAACAAAUGUUAAAAGAUUUCUUUAAUGGGAAGGAGCUCUGCCAAAGCAUUAACCCGGAUGAGGCUGUUGCAUAUGGUGCUACAAUUGAAGCUGCAAUCUUGAGCGGUGUACGUGACAAUAAAGAUUUUACACUAGUAGAUGUCAUUCCUUUGUCCCUUGGAGUUAGAAAUGAAAGUGGUGGUUGGAUGAGCAUUUUCAUCCCAAGAAAUUCUACCAUUCCAGCAACAAGGUCAAAAAUAAUGCGUACUGCAAAGCACAAUCAGACAAAGGUGAUAUGUGAUGUAUACGAAGGUGAGAGCCCCAUCGCCUUAGAGAACAACCUGCUAGGUACAUUUACUCUGUACGAUAUCCCUCCAGCACCGAAAGGUAAAGAAAAAAUUGAUGUUUGCUUUGAAAUCGACAAUGAUGGUAUCCUUACCGUGUCAGCGCAACAUAUAGGCACUGACAACAAAAAAAAAAUCAGUAUUACAAAUCACAGCGGUAGGUUAUCUAAAGAAGAGAUUGAUCAAAUGGUAGAGGAGGCCAACAAGUACAAGGCAGAGGACGAGGAGCACAAAAAAGCUGUUGCAGCCAAGCUUGCAUUGAAGAAUUAUGCUGAAAGUAAGUGGGACAUGGUGGAUGUUUGCUGGAACAAGUUUCGAGAGGAGGAUGCUAACAAGAUGAAGGAUGCAAUUGAGAUGACAAUCCAGUGGCUCGACUGGAAUUUCAAUCUCGCUCGAGUUUCUGAAUAUAACGAAAAGUUGAAUGAGCUCAAGACAAUUCUCGACCCUAUAAUUGGAGACAUUCCUUAACAAAUUAAAGGUGCUGAUACAAACUAGAGAUGCUGGUAAACUACAGAGUGAUAAAGUAAAAAACAAGUAAUUAAACUGACUAGAAUCAAAACUAAUCGUGUAGUUAUUUUAUUUAGCCCUGAAAAUAUUACAAUCCCCUAUAUAUUCUCUCUAUUAUAAAGACAUAGAAUUCAAUAAUCGUUUCUUACUUAACUAAACAGUACAUCAAGUAAUACAGAUGGAAUGUACAUACCGAUUAUCCUAAAAUGAAAAAAAAAAAAAAAAAAAAAAAAAAAAAUUAAAUUGCUAACUAAUCGAAAAUUGCUAACUAAUCGACAGUGAGGUUCUUGAACAUUGAUCACACUUUGAAGAUUAAUCAUAGGAUGUAUUGCUGCUGAUUUGUGGUUCUGCCUUAAAUGCUCUGAUUCUGGCCCCUGGGAAGACCACAAACGGUUUAGUCAGGAUGGUGGAUUCAGUAGAAUUAUCAAAUACUGAUUCUUGAAAUUCUUUCUUGAAGGGCUUAACUCUGG